AUGAAUGCAACUACAGAUUCGAUCAUAGGAAACACAACAACAUCAUAUAACUUUAAUGUAACUAGUGAAAUAUCAUUUGUACCUAAUUGGAAUAUAUCAUUCAGUUCGACAAUAACAUCCACAAGUACGAGUACAAUAAUAUUUGAUAGAAAUUUAUUGUAUGGUGAUAAUUGUACAGAACAUGAACAAUGUACAUUAUCAAAAAAUUUAUUUUGUGAAUAUGAAUUUGAUUUAAAUCAAAAACACUGUUUUUGUGAAACAACUUAUUUUUGGAAUAAAAAUACACAACAAUGUGAACCAAAAAAAGAUAUCAAUGAAGUUUGUCAAUAUGAUAAUGAAUGUCGUCUUGAUCUUGGUAUUACAUGUGAUCUUAAAACAGGUGCAAAUAUACGACAUUGUCGUUGUAUGGGUGAAUAUUAUUGGUCAAAAAUAAGUAAUUGCGGCGCUUUAAAAAUUCAAGAUUUCGUGCAUUGUACUGAUGAAAUAUAUAUAUCAUCAUGUUUAGUCAAAGAAAUUGAUAAUGGUAUUUAUCAUAAUGUUAAUAUUCGACAAAUUCAAGAUGAUGAAAUUGAAUUUGAUUAUUUUGUUCUUGAUUCACCUGAAAUACAAGAAAUUGAACGUAUAGAAUGUUGUUGGUCAAUAAAUAAACGUUAUUGUUUUGGUAUUGAUAAUGAAACAAAUAAAUUACUUAUUGUUAUUAUUGAUAUCAAUGGUAUAGAAUCAUAUCGUCGUAUAAAUCAAUCAGUUAUUGGUUUACCUAAUGUAUUAAGACAAACUGAUAACACAGUUGUAUGUUAUGUUGAAGGAAAUGAUUCAAAUUUACUUUCCAUUACAAUUGAGCCAAAAAAUAAUGACUUAUUAACUGUACAUCAACGUGGUGGAAAAACUUAUGGUGAACGAUCAUGUUUUAUAGCAAUUAAUCGUACAGCUUAUUGUUUUUAUCGUGAUAUUGAUCGUCAUUUAACAGUUGUAGCUAUGAAUGGAACAACAACAAUACAAGAUGUUCAUAUGGAUGUUCAUCCAGAUAUAAAUUUAAAAACAGGACCUUCUUGUGGUUGGGUUGGAACAAAUAUUCUUUUGAAACUAUAUUGUUUUGCAGUAUUUAAUGAUGAAAAAAUUCAUCGAAUUGAACAAAAAGAUAAUAUUUGGACUAAUUGGACGAUUAUGCCAUCAGAUAAAAUAUUCAUUCAACGUCCACUUUUUGUUACUUCUAAACCACCUGAAGAUAUCAGUACGGCUCAGAGUUGUCAUGUAUUAGCAAUUGAUACGAGUAAUGAAGUUUAUGUUAGUAGUAAUACAAAUUGUGCUCAUCAAGAAUCAUUUUCGCCAUGGUCGUUACUUCAAACCGAUGUUGGUUUGUUAUCAUUUAAUGGAUCAUUUCGUUUACGUGAUGGACGUGUUGGUGUCUAUGGAAUUGGUAUUGAUGAUUUACCAUAUUACACAACGAUGAAUCCUGUAACACAUAAUUUUGAACCUAUUAAAUUAGCUGUAUCAUUCGAAUAG